AUGGAAGUUCAUUCACAAGGAGAAGAUCGUAAACCCGGAGAAACAUACAAGCUUGAGGUGGAAAAUGUUGUCCUUGAGGUUCCUAACGAGGAUCUAUCUUCGGGUUCUAAGUAUGUUAGACUGUUAAAUGGAGUAUCUGCUACCUUUGAAUCAGGGAAGCUAUCGGUUGUCAUGGGACCCAGUGGAGGUAGCAAAACAACGUUGAUGAACUUGAUUGUGGGGAUAGUUCAGAAACACUCGAUGUCCUAUGGAAAAAUUUUGUUUCAAGGAGAGGAGAGGGAUCAAAAUACAUGGCUAUCUCGUAUAGCGUAUCUGAAUCAAGACGAUUGCAUAGUUCCUUAUACAACUGUCUAUGAAUAUAUAUAUUUCUGCGUUAACUGCAGAACGGCAAAGAAGCGAAGAGGAAGUGUUGGGGAAAUUGUAAGCAGUGUGAUGAAAAAGCUUCACAUUCAAGAUCUUAAGGAUACGAUGAUGACAGCGAUUUCUGGAGGAGAGAGAAAGAGAGUGAUGAUAGCUGUGGAGUUUGCAGCCUCCCCUGAUGUGUUAAUUCUCGACGAGCCGACCAGCGGACUUGACUCCCAUCUUGCGUUUGAACUAAUUCAGAUGGUUAAGCAAUAUGCGAUUGAAAACAAUAGUAUUGUGAUUACAACAAUUCAUCAGCCUGGGCCUGGACUAUUUAACAUGUUUGAUGAUCUAUUAUUUCUUUAUAGAGGAUCUGUCGUAUACUCUGGGCCAGCUGACAAAUGUGAAGAAUUUUUCGAUUCUAAGGGAGUCCAUAGGAUUGGACAGCUGUCCAUAAGUGAAUUCAUAUUUGAGCUCUUCUCCGAUAAGUCUUAUGUUCCUGGAAUCGAAGAAUACAAGGAAACAAUCAAUGAAAUAAUAGAGUCUGUGGCACAAGAAGGAAAUUCAAAAACCAAGGAUAGAGUUAUGAAACAUGACGGUAAUUCUCCAAUCAACCUUCCAUUCAGUCUUUCAAAGGCACUUAUGAUAGCCAAAAGGCAAUUUAUCAUUGAAUGGAGAUCUUGGAGAAUGCUAAAGAACCGUAUUCUAGAAAUGGUCUUUCUUGGAUUCUAUAUUUACUUCAUGUAUCCUAUAAAUUUCGUUGGGAAAUUCAUAAACUACACCACUGAUCUUCAUUUAGAUACAAGUGCCGAAAGUGGCUCAAAGUUCAUUUUCUGUCAGCUUCUUCGUUUCCUGAAGUCCAACUUUGACGAAUCAUUGGGGCCUAAUAUAGAUGAAGGCAUCAAGUGGGAAAUGUCUCCAUUUCUGUUGUUUUUGCUUUCAUCUUUAGGCCAGACAGAAUUACUAGAUGGACUAGAUUACAUUCAUAGAGAGAUCUCUAAGGGGACAUAUGGGCCGUCGACUUUGUACUUUUCGACAUGGAUAACUGAAACUCUCCCAAUCAUUCUGAAAUAUCUUAUGUUUGUUGGGAUUAUAUCAUCUUUGGGGGUCCACGACGGGAACACAAUUGAGCUAAUUACUUAUAUAAUCAUAGGAAACCUCCUAGUUCUAUCAUUCAAUAUAAUGACAAGGAGCAUCGCGUCUUCCAAUGUUCUUAAAAGGCUCCUAUCUAUGUUCACCGUGAUAUUCAUACCUCUUUUGAAUCCUGAUACACUGUAUGUGAUUUCUGGUUUUCUUUCCUCUCCAUCGGUUGGAACGCUUGGGCUUCUGAGGUUCUUCAAGUACUUUUUGCUACCUUUCUGGCCUCACAUUUUCUUCCAGGGCUUUAUGAAGUUAUCUUUCUUCGAAAGAGUACUAUUUCCUGUGGAGCCAAAUGAGAAGUUUACUCCUCCAUAUAAGACAAUCAUGGGUAUACUAGUAAACUCAUGGCUCUAUGAUCCGAGGCUUAGUGACGAAGAAAACAAGGAAAAACUCUUCAACCCUCAAACGAAGUUCCUAGUCAAUUAUGAUUAUUCUAGGUAUUUCUUAUUACUUUGCGGGGCCAUAUCUCUCAUGAUUGUUGUUUUAGUCAGCAACUUCGCUCUUAUGCAUAGGUUUUCUCCACGACUACGGCUCAGGUUAUCUAAAAGAUAA